AUAUAUCGAUAUUUUAUCAACAGUCCUAAUUUAUAAACGAUAUCAGCAAUGUCAAAAUAACAAUAUUUUAAAAACUACCGCAUAUUGUUAAUUGAUAAAUAUUUUUAAUUCAAUGAUGUUUCGAAGUCGAAGUGUGUACAAUGUCGCGUAUUUGAUAGCGAUACACUUUCACCCCGGCGGAGUCGCCCAUAGCGCGCAUUCUACGAUCAAUGCCACAACCAGUUGCGCCAGUCAAGUCGUGAGGUUCGCCAGUGCGACUUCGUCAAGUAAGAGGAAAAUGGCUGACAAAUUAAACAAAGAGGAGCGCGAAGGUCUCCUUCAACCUCUGCUACAAAAUGGUUGGAAGGUUCAAAGCAAUAGAGAUGCUAUUGAAAAGGAAUUUCAAUUCAAGGAUUUCAAUGAGGCGUUUGGUUUUAUGACUCGUGUUGCACUUUUAGCUGAAAAAAUGGAUCACCAUCCAGAAUGGUUCAAUGUCUAUAACAAACUGCAGAUGCAGCCCUACUAUACCUGUGCCAAAGUUAGAAGCAAUCAAAUUCUUAGUGGACUGUUUGUAGUAAUAGGUUUUGUAUAUAAAAAAAGAGUAUUAUUUUCCUCAAAAGUGACUUAAAAGUAAAACUUUGUUACAGCACAUGGUAUUAUUAAAAUUAAAAAAAAAAGUAAAACUAA